UCCUCUAGAGUCAGUAUAGUAACUCUAUGCCUAGAGGUUCCCACUUUUCCGGCCCAGCUUUUCCUCUAGAGUUGUUCUACUAACUCUAUGAACUCAACCACCUAUCAACAUUACGGCUCACUGGGUGCUGCCCAACAUGGUGUGCCUGCUUGUUGGCGAAGGCGACUUUUCAUUCGCGUUGGCAUUGGCGGCUCAACGGGGCGCUGCUAACUUGGUGGCCAGCUGUUUGCUCCAUGGCUCCUUGGACGUCGGCGCUCGGGCCAAUGUGGACAGGCUGUGUGCUAUGGGUGUUCGAGUGCUGACGGACGUGGACGCCCGGUGCCUGCACGAACACCCGUGGGUGUCGCAUUGUUGCACAGAGCUGAGUGAAAUUGUGUUCAACUUUCCGCAUGUUGGCGGGAAAAUGAGGAUUGGCGACAACCGCAAGCUGCUGCGAGACUUCUUUCUCAGUGCAGGGCGUGUGCUCCGGCUUGGAUCGCUAGUCCGAGUGACCCUGUGCCGCGGCCAAGGGGGCACACCCGCCGACAGUAAGGUGCGUCGCUGCCCCAGCGACACGUGGCAGGUGGUGGAGAUGGCUGCUCCAGGGGGCUUCAUCCUGCACCGUGUUGUACCAUUCCGUGCACCAGCCGAAUACACUCCACGUGGGUACAGGGGUGGUACCAAAGGCUUCCACACUGAGGGCGCCCUGACACACGUGUUCUGCCUGGUGGGCAGUGCAGUCUUAGUGCUGCCCAGUGCAUCUUCCUCAUGUGUGGGGCAGAACAUCGUGGCCAGUCGACUCUGGUCUAUGAUGGCUACCGACAAAACCCCACUGGGUAGAACUGUGCACCGUCUGGCUAGUGCGCUUGAACUGGAUCUUGAUAACUUGGUUGCAUCUUGGGCUGCCAAAGAUGGUGUCGACGAUGCCGCUGUGGGGGAGACUGCAUGGAGGUGUUACCUGGAGAGAUCGCACGCGUGUUCUCCCGUUCAUCCACCAGUUGGCCACAUUCUCGACAUUGAUGUGAGGGAUCGUUCCAGGAUGAAAGAUGUCCUGCUUGCACUUCAAGAUAUUUGUGGAGACACUUUGAUGUUUUCUUUCCCAGCUGUGUUUCCGGACAGUGUGAACAAGAGAAUGCAGCCAGCGACUGAAGAUGACUGCCACGCAUACUGUGAUGGCCUGCACGUGGCCACAUUUCGAGCUCCAGUAAAGUCACCAAGGUCUCCAAUGUCUGGUGGCAGUGUUCCCAAAAAUUUUAUCUCGUCAUUAAAUCUCACAUCUUCCAACUGCAGUUAUGAAGAAAAUAGCUGUUCACUGCAACCCAAUGGGCAUAAUGUGCUGUCAUCUUUAAACUUAGAUAAUUAUAACAUUAUUAAUCUAAUUGUGCCUUGCGAGGUAAGCAUUCACGUUGAACUACUGUCACUUGCAUCCAGUGGCCUCGGUGACUGGCGCCUGCUCCUGCCACGGUCUGCUCCCGAGCCCGGCCCAUUAUAUCCGACCGCUUCGUUCACGCAUGAUAUCAGCUUCUGGUUGGGCGAGGGGUUCAAUGAAAAGAACCUCUUGGCGCUGAUUUACGACACAGCGGGUGACUUGCUUCGAAGCAUGGAACUUGUCGAUGAUUACGUGGACGCCAAAACUGGACGCCGCAGUCGAUGCUACAGACUUUGUUACCAGUCCCUGUGGAAAGCCCUGAGCCAAGAAACUGCGCGAGAUUUUCAUUUGGCACUGGGCGUUGCUGUCAGCCACGUGAUUCCUGUGGAAGUCAGGUGACUGGAUGAAAUUAAUGUUUUUCACUUGCCACUGUGAUUUCCCGACUGGCUGAAGAGUACAGGCCACAGGUGCACAUGUCCAAGUACUCUACAAUAAAUACUCCACUGACCUCAAAGCUUGUUCGAUUCUCGGAACAUUACUUGAACUGGCUUAACAGGACAUGUUUGGCAAAUUGAUUUACGACCAUGUUUUCCGGUGCAUAAGCUAGAUGUGGUUUUCUUACAAUAUUUUCGUCGGUGCGUUUUAUAUGGUGCAAAUAAAAUAUGAAAUGUGCUGA